ACUCGAACUCUCGCAUCAGAAUCAAGCAUUCUCUUUGCCUCCCCUCCUCUCAAUCGUCCGAUCUCUCUCCCUCGCUCUCUUCGUUUGCCCAAUCACAAUUCUCUCAAUCAAACCCAUCUCUCUCUCUCUCUCUCUCUCUCUCUUUCUCUCUCUCUCGUCGCGCCAAAUACAAGUUUCUCUCUCCAAGAUAUUUUCGGUGACAAUGGCGGAUGCUCCGGGGAGCCCCGGCGGCGGCGGUGGCGACAGCGGCGGCGAGCAGAGCCCUCACUCCAACGUUCGCGAGCACGACCGGUACCUCCCCAUCGCCAAUAUCAGUCGGAUCAUGAAGAAGGGGCUCCCGGCCAACGGCAAGAUCGCCAAGGAUGCCAAGGACACCGUACAAGAAUGCGUCUCAGAGUUCAUCAGCUUCGUCACUAGUGAGGCGAGUGAUAAGUGCCAGAAAGAGAAGAGAAAGACGAUUAAUGGCGAUGAUUUGCUAUGGGCAAUGGCGACAUUAGGGUUUGAAGAUUAUAUUGAUCCGCUCAAAGCGUACCUAGCUAGGUACAGGGAGGUAAUUUUGUUUCUCUGUGUCUUUGAUUUGAUAUUGCUGCGACUUAUGUUUGGCCUAAGAAAAUUAGGCAAUUGAUUUGGUACUAGUAUUUGGUUUUUGCGAUGAAAGAGGAUCAGAUAGAGAAGAAACCAGAAGGUUUUAUUAUGUGGGAUAGGUUGAUAGAUUUCCGGACCCAUUUCAUAAAAUAAUGGCUCAAGGCUUAAGCUUUUCGUGCAACAAGUGAUCCAAGAUCUAAGAUGUUAUAUGAGCUUUUGUGUCACAUUUGUUGCCUGUUUGCAUUUUGCUUCUCUGCUUGUAUGGAUACCUGCAUCUAUGUGUGCAAGAUAGGCUUACACACGAGUCACAUGACUGAGGGUGUUGGACACCUUGAUACGUAUUCCUGGAUCCAUUUUCUAACAACUGAAGCUUGUAGGGCACUUGGUGUUUUAAACUCCUAAGUCCUAAUAAUGUUGUGACGUUAGAUUGGAUUGUUCUUGCAAUUUCAUCUCUGAAAAUACCAAGUUCUCAGUUCUCUGAAGCCAUUUUAAUGUAAUAGGCACUGUUGGCCGGAGCCUGGAGGUUUAAGUCGUCUACUUUUGAGGGGGUUUUUUCCCUGUACAUUCUAUGUAGACUCUAAUCAUUCUACGGUUUCUUUGUCAUUUCCAUGAUCAUUUUAGUUUAUACUGAUACCUUUCUUUUGGCUUGGUUGGUUUUGCGGACUGGUUGUGGUUUCUCAGUUGGAGGGUGACACUAAGGGAUCUGCUAGGGGUGGAGAUGGAUCCUCUCAAAAGGACACAGCAAGUGCGCAACUUGUUCCAAAUGCACAGUUUGUUCAUCAAGGUUCUUUUACACAAAGCAUGAACUAUAUGGAUCCCCAAAUGUGAAUUCCACGCAUGUGCAAUUGUUGCUCCUGGGCAAGGAUCGAAGUGGUGGGGUGAUCCACCAUCUCCUUUUCCAAUUUAUAUUAAAGACUGUAUUGCUAGUAGAUAUUGUUUUAACUCUUGUAGCCUCGUCUUAUUUCGAUAAUAUAUCUCAUCUGGUUACAGUUAUGUAAUUUCUUCAUUCUGUGAGGAUGGUUUCUCAAGAGUCUCCCUUUUGAUGGGAGGAAACAA